UAGAAUGGCAUCAGAGCAAGAAGAACGAUCUCAACUUGAUGCUAGAGCUAGACAGGGAGAGACAGUUGUACCUGGUGGCACUGGUGGAAAAAGCCUUGAAGCUCAAGAACAUCUAGCUCAAGGUAGAAGCAGAGGAGGUCAAACAAGAAGGGAGCAGCUAGGAACAGAAGGAUACCAAGAACUAGGACAAAAAGGAGGACAAACUAGGAAAGAACAAAUAGGGAAACAAGGCUACAAAGAAAUGGGUCGAAAAGGCGGACUUAGUAGUACUGAGAAAACCCCCCCUCAACACGACAUGUAG